UUUUUUUUGAAUUUUUAAUUGCGUUUAUUCGACAUUAAACAGGAAAUCUAAAAAUGAAUAGAGGAACACUCGUUUUAGAUAUUGAUGAAGCUGAAUACCUUUUGGAUCAGUUAGGCGCACCUGAUAAGGACGAAGAUAAAUUAGUCACAAAGUUAAGAAAUAGAUUAGCAUUGUUCUUGAAGGAAAUCCGUGAAGGAGCUGAAGGCGCUGGCAAGAGAGAUUAAAUGCAAUACAUGUAAAAAAAAAAAAAACCACUUUUUUACUGUAAACUGUAACCUUUUGGUAUACAGCGUUAUAAAAGGAAAAUAUACGAAAAUAAUAAAUAAAUAACGAGAGGCCUAGAAUUUGGGUCUAUCCACGAGACGACAUUUUGAUAAAAAUAAAACUUUCCCAUUUUUUUUUUUUUUUUCUAUAA